GGCAAAGGUUUGUUUAAACGUGUACUCCUUGUUGUCCUUAGGGAACGGCCUCGCCGCGUGUGUACACAGCUGGCCUAGCUCCUUACCUAUCCGCGCGGCGUCUUGUGUUACAGUAUCGCAACGCAAGCUAUAUAUAUAAGACCUCUGACGAAGAUAACGCAUUAUCCUGAAUAGUAAAGACCUUCACCCGCAGUUGGCCCAGUGUGGCCCCGGCCAGCCUUCUAUACGCAGAUUCACAGACGCGGCCAUUGCUAAUCUCUUAUAGUAAAGUCGCUUUAUAUUGAUGUAGCCGCAAUGCCUUCUUUACGCUGUGGUGGUCUACCAUCGACGCACAUCUAUCACGCGGAAGGCCACCGAGCUGCGGAUAGAGGUACAGGGCGUCCCCACCCCUAACAAAUGGUGUUUGGAAGCUGCCUUUGUUCUCAGGUCACCUCCGUCAUCGUACCUGAACCGCCAUCCCCGCAAACACCCCGCAUCUCCAGCCGCGGCUUGUCUUCAGACCGGCCACAAACCUUCUCCCCGGAUGGCUACAGUGACAUUAACGACCCGCCUCCGCGCCCCUCGCCCCUCCGCGUCGGCUUCCCGGCCUUCCAGCAUCCAAAGCCCCCAGCAGCCUCCUCCCAGCAGCAACCCCAACAGCCCCAACAACAACAGCCGACCCCGUCUCCGCAGCAGCUGCCCCUCAAAUCCGCACUCAAAGCCGGCGACGACCCCAGUGUCCGCAAGGGCGUCGCCUUCUGUCCCUCCACCACCACAACCGCCACCAGCACCACCACAGCCACCGCCACCGCCAUCACCUUUGCCAGCGGGACCUUUGGCGGCAGCGGCAGCGCCGGAGGCAGCGGCGGCGGUGCUGGCGUUACCAGCGGCGGUGGCGGCACCGGCGGUGGUGGCGGCGUGUACCCUCCCCGACACCUGCCCCCCCUGGAGCUCACUCCGUCUCUGCCGGGAGAGGACGGCACCUCGCUGCCCCUCCGCCGCUACCUGACGGAGCAGUGGGAGGGCCCGGGGCCGGACGGGCCCGAGCCCUUCGUGGCAACACCCUCCCGCAGCAGAUUGCGUCCCACCACCGCCACCUCCCGCCCUACCACCGCCACCUCCCGCCCCACCUCGCGACCUACGACCGCUACGUCACGUCCCACCACAGCCACCUCCCGCCCCACAACCGCAACCUCGCGACCAACAACCGCAACCUCGCGUCCCGCCUCCCGCUCAGGCUUCGCCUCCUCCUCCUCCCGACCCACAUCGCGUCCGCCCUCCCGCUGCGCCUCCCGCCCCUCCUCCCGUCCAGCCUCUCGUCCGCCCUCCCGGCCCGCCUCUCGACCCACCUCACGUCCCACCACCGCCACCUCGCGCCCCACCACUGCCACCUCUCGGCCUCCCUUGAUGUUGAACGCCUUUGGAACCAUCCCUGCUGCCGGCGCAGCGGCCCCCGUGACCUCCGCCUCACAGCAGCAAAUCACCUGGGCGAGCAGCGUCGCCGGCGAAGGGGAGUACGGCGUUGGCAUGGGCUACAUCAGCGGAGCCGGCGGCGCGCCUGGUCGCGGCGGCGGCGGCAGCAGCAGCGGCAGCAGCUUCACCGGGGCCGGCGGCGGCGGCGGCAGGGUGCAGUGGCCGCCUCCUCCGCCGAUGGGCGUGGCGGCGGCGGCGGCGAUGUCCGGCGUGUACCCCAUCUACCCCGGCGGCUGGUCCGAUGACGACGUGGGCGAUGUGGAGGUGGUCAGCGACCUGUGCGGUGACUCUGACAGCGACCGCAUCCCCUCCUCCGGCUUCCCAGGAGGGGGCCAUCCACUACUCGGCAGCAGCGGAGGGGGUGGCGGUACUGCCGCCGCCGCCGCAUUCGGCGGUGGCGGCGGCGGCUCCGCCGCAACUGGCGGCCUCGGCGCCGGCGCUGUAGGCGGCGCCUCCUUCGCCGGUCGCGGCAGCAUGCGGCUCAGCCGCCAGCAGCCGGGCACCUGGUCGCGCCGGGUGAUGGCGGCCCUGAAGCUGGUGCCCAGCGAGAGCGGGCGCAUGCAGCUGCCGAGCGCACUGGAGCCGUCGGCGAGCUUCCGCCGCUCGCAGCGCAGCAUGCAGCGCGACCGGGAGGAUGACACCUGGUGGACCAAGGUGCGGGGGCUGCUGACGAUGGGCUCGGGGAUACCCGGCACGGAUGAUGGGGACGGGGGCGCAGGCGGAGGCGGUGGAGGCAGCGGCGGUGGAGGUGUCAGCGGCAGCGGCAGUAUUGCUGGGGUGCGGGCACUGUCAGCAAUGCAGCAGUCGCUGCAGCCGCAGCAGCCGCAGCCGCUAGCACAGGGGAAGGAAGGGCCGGAGGAGCGGGAGCAGGAACGGCAGCGGUUACAGGAGGAUUCGGUGGAACAUCAGCAGCAGGAGCAGCAGCAGCAGGAGCAGCAGCGGUUGCGGAUGCUGGAGGAGCAGCAGCGACAGCAGCGGGAAUUGCAGGAGCAGUUGCAGGAGGGGCUGAGCAGGCGGGUUAGGGAAGAGAAGCAGGAGGUGGAGUCCUCAUCAGAUGAGGACUUGAACGUGGACGAGCGCUCCGGGUCAGGCGGGGAUGCCACGGACAGUAACUUCAUCUACACGGACGAUGAUGUGGACGACAGCAGCGACAGCGACAGCGACGCGGAAAUCGCAAAGCUGCGCAACAAGCCGCCGCCGCCGCCACCGCCGCGGCGCCUGCCGCCCCAGGAGCGAGGAGAACAGGAGCAGCAGCAGCAACAGCCGCCGCCGCCAGCGCGCUCGGAGCGGCCCCAGCGGGCCCAGCGUCUGCGGUGGCACUGGCCGAACCCCAUCCGCAGCGUUUUUGGCGGCGACGAUACGGCCCGUAAUGGCGGGGGACGUGGCGGCGGCGGCGGUGGCGGUGGUGGCGGAGGGACAUCCGUACGCUUUUUCACUGGCGGCGCCGCCGCCAGCGGCGGCUCGUCGACGUCAAUGGACGUCAGCGUGCACGGUCGCGGCGGUCGCGGCAGCGCCGUCGCCUCUCGUACGACGUCCGUAUCGUCAUCAGUGUACGACGUGUUUGACGACACGGCCCCCUACGACAAGUAUAAAUCCGUGCUGUCGUGCGAUGACGGCAGUUUCCAUCGCGGUUCGGUACUGCUGUACGACGGUGACCGAGCGCAGCGGGAGGUGGUCAGGGCUUACGUGCAGCCGGCCUCCGUGUUGGCGGCGGCGCUGGCUGGGAUACCCAGUCGCAGCAUGGAUGGUGGCAUGGGGUGCGCUGGGGGCCCCCGCAUGGGCCCCAAUCCUCUGCUGGCGUCGUCCCUGAUCGGCGGCGUGAGUCUGAGGGAAUACAGCGUUGGCGGGCGGCCAGGCGGCGGCGACAAUGACAGCGACGCCGGGGACAGACCCGCGGGUCGUUUCGGCGGCGCUUUCCGCGUCCUCAGCAACGUCAGAUCCCUCGAGGCGUUCGGCAGCUACAGCGCCUGCAGUCGCCAGUCGCAAUCCCCGACCACGGCGGCGUAUCAGCCUACGACCGGUGGCAGCGGCGGUGACGGCGGCGGCGGCGGUACGGCAAUGCCGGCGCCAUUGGCGCCGCCGCCGAUGUCCCCCUCCCUAUCCUCCUCGCUAUCUCCCUCCAUGUCGCCGCCAAUGGCGCCGCUACGGGUGCCGUCAGGGUCACUGCCUGGCACGCCAGCUCCCACUCCCGCAUCAACAGCUCCCUGCUCCCCCUGCUGCGCUGUCUCCUCACCUCAAGCACCCCCAGAACGGCUGUUCGAGGCCCGACCCGGCUGCGGAGGCAGUCCUGCUGCUGCCCUGGGAGGACACAUACCAAGGCCCGUUGGCCAAGCGGAGGAGAGUGUGGAGGAGCCGGGUGAGGUGAGUAGAAGUCCCCGGAGAGCUGCCACCGCCGACCCACGGGUCGCUUGCAGCGGCGCCAACAACAGCAGGAGCAGCCCGGACUUGCCCUCGCAGCAGCAGCUCCUCAGUCCGGAAGAGGAGGGGCAGCAGCAGGACCCGCAGCAGCGAUGGAGCAUGGUGGUGCCGCCGGAUGCGGAGGCCACGUCCCCCAGACCGCUCCGCUCCCUGCAAUCCGCACCGGGCUCCACUAGGCCUCCGCUGCCGGCGCACCCCUCCCUGCCUGCCAUGCCAUCCACCACGCCUCACGGACCUCCACACCAACACCAACAGCAGCUACAGCCCCACCGUGACAGCCAACAGGAGGCGGUUGCUGCCGUUGAGGCUGAGGCUGUGGAUGGGGAGGCUGAGACACCCGCAGCCCAUGCAGCCGAGCAGCAGCAGCAGGCGGCACAAGAUGUGGCAGCGGGGUCGGCGGCAGGGGCCGACAUGGAGGAGGCAGCGGGCGCGACAGCGGCGGUAGUGGCGGCGGUGGCGGCGGCAGCAGCUGGCAGCUACAGCGGCCGGCAGCGGCCCUCGCAAGCGCAGCUGCCGCCAGCGCCUUCACAGCAGCAACACCAGCAGCAACAGCAGCAAGAAGGACAGCCCUCGAAUGAGCUGCAGCCACCGCAGCAGCAGCCUUGCAUGCCAUCGUCACCGGCACAACAGCAGCAGCAGCAACAACACGAACAGCAGGAGGAGGAGGGGCCGCGGCAGCAACAUGCUCAGCAGCAGCAGCAGCACUGGGAGCAACCCGUUGACCCGCACCAACCGCAGCCCGAGCCCCAGCAGCAGGCAGAGAGCACCCCGCUGGAGGAGGUGUCGUGCCUUGCUGAGGAGCCCCCUUACGAGGAGGCUGGUAACGAGGCUGAUGGGGCUGAGGUUUCGGAGCCUCGGAGGCCAUGCGGCGGCAGCGGUGUGACAGCUGGGGUUGGUGGUGGUGUCACAGCUGCUGCAGCUGUUGUUGGUGUUGGUGGCGGGGGAGGCGGGCUACUGCAGGAGGACUGUUCGGAGAUGUCGGUGGCCGGGUUGUGAUGUGGCUGGCGGCCUGGGGGAGGGGGCUGUCGCAUUCCGGCCCCCGGUGGGCUGCUACUGGCGGGGUGUGGCGGCAUGGGGUAGGGGACUGGCUUCUCUCUUUGAAGCGCGGUUUGUUGGAGUCCUGCGGAGAUGUGUGGUAGUGUCCUUUGCACGGAGAGGAAUGGUGAUGUUCUUUGUGUAGACCAGAGCGCCAGAGGCAUGCAUGUGCAAUAGCGGCGGCGCACAGGGGUCCUGUGGAUCUGGGAAAAGCGAGUUGUGGUGAGAGAGAAAGCAUUGGUGUGUGCUGCAUCGUGCGGCUUGCGGUAGUGUGCAUAGGACUACAGGAGGGCACUGAAGAAGCAAAGGAGGCACACCUGGCUUGCAGCGGUGCGCGCAUUCGUGCUCCCGCGCAAGAGCAAGAUGUUUCCUGCUCGGUGACAUGGAAUGGAGGGAAUGGGUGGCAGGAGGAGCUGCUCCGAUCCCCGUGUGACCCUGCAAGCAUAUGCUGUAUGACUGUGCCAGCUUGCUUCAAGCAGCAGCUACGCACCAUUUGGGUUGGCAGCAGCAGUCGGGUGUUGCUCACGUUGUUGGAAGCGCAUGUGUGGGCUAGGAGGUGGAGUAGUGGGCGGUUGUGGCGGUGGCGGCUGCGAAAAAGCGCCAGUGCGCUCUGUUUGCAUGAUCGUUGUGGCCGUUGUUAGUUAGUCGUUUGCGUGCAUGUUGCCCGUGCGUGUUCGCCAGGAGGGACGGGGCUGUACCGGUGUGUGUUUCCGUGCGAGCGUGUACUCCGACUGCCAUUUGCCUUCCAUGCCGGGGCAUGGAAGACUCUAGUUGAAUGGUGUUGUGACCAAGCAAACUAUCCUUGGGGCAAUUCAUGGGGCAAACCACCGUUCUUUCCACGUCCAUCUUCUGACGUUGGCCCAACUGCUGGGUUGGCUUAUUGACCCAAGGGGCUGCAGGUCCCCGCAGGCCGCUAGCAGCAGCGGGGCGCACAUGUGUAUGUCAGCGUUCGCUGUUGCUGGCGGCGGUGCUGCUGUUGUUCUUGUGCGGUGCGGUAGUGGGGUUGUCAUGCCUUGCUUACGGACCCGCAGGUAGCAGCAGUGCAUGCAAACCUCUCAUCCUGGUCUUGUUGAUUCAUGCCUGCCGGCCAGCCAGAGGGCGGUGGUGUGCUGCUGUGUGGUUUUGCGCACCGCAAUGGCAUUCGUGUUGAGGCGGACAUUCAUGACAGCAGCAGCAGGUGUUUGCAGGUGACACGUACCGGUAGCAGGGGGCGGGACGAGACCGGGGCGACAUUGUGUUGUACACGCUAGCCCUGACGUCCGGUGGUGGUGGUGAUGGAUGUUGCGGCUGCGUGCGGGGGGCUGGGUAAGCCCCUUUUCCUCCUGCGUCUAGCGGAAGGGCAGCGGGAGAACAACUGGCGGCAGUUGUGCGGUGGUGACGGGGUGUGCAGUCCGCUGCUUGGAGGGUGUCGUGCAUUGCGUCCCGAAACGGUGGAAGGCAUGGGAUGGCUGCAAGGGACGGGACGAUGUGGGGUCUGAUGCGCACUUGGGGGGACAUGAGCAUGCGGUUUGGAGAGCAGGCGUGAAGGACACGGGAGGGGGAAGCGCAAGACUGGGAGCACAGGGGGGCUUUGUCGGAGCACCUUGGCACUGGUGGUAGGGGACGGCGUCUGUGCGGGGUUCGCAGCAGGAGUAAAUAAGCAUGUAUUGACAGGACUGGCCGCGUGUCGUAUUCUGUGUCUGCGAUUCGCCAGGCUUGUGUCAACACGUUCGAGGCCUCGAGUUGUGUUGGAGGCUUUUGAAUCGGUUGUCACGACGUUGGGUGCGGGGACGGAAGGUUGCAAAGCCGUGCGAAUGUGUGAGGCGAUGCCGGCUGACAACACUGGAUCCACGCGCGCGAGUUCAUGAUUUUGUGACAAGUUCGUGGCAGGUGAAGCAAGUGGCAAGCGGGUAUGUGGCCGCUGUGACUGCACGAAGCAGGCUGAUGACGCUUCACUCUGGCGGCUUGGGGUAAAAUAACUGGUGGUGUGUGAACCGCCUUGUGACACACGCAUGACGGAACAGGCGCAUCAUCAUGGACGAGCUGACAGGUCUGUGGACUUCGUUGAAGGACGCAAGGGCGGGCUUUUCAACAGGGGGGCUGGAGAAGCCCCUGUCAUGGCUGGUUGGGCUUGCUAUUGAUUACAGGCGUUAUAGGCCUUAUUGGCUUGUUUGGCUCCUUUUUGGAAGGAUAAAUUGGUGCAUGGCUGCUUGGGAUUGCUGUUUGCAACACAUGCGACGUUUCGUUGCACCUGCUGCAAACACACCGUGGGUGAGUAACUUCGGGGCUGCGGAUGUGCUGGUGCAGCAGUACAGUACGGUACUUUGACGUGAUAGCAAGCCUUGUACGGCUUUGCUUGCUGCGCUUUUGACCCUAUUAUAUCAUGCAUGAGACCGCAUUUGCUGGCGUGAGCUUAAACGCAUGCCAGUCUAUAUUCCGCUAUUCGGCGGGUUAGGGCAGCAGGGAUGGCCCGGCCGAAUUCAGCAGUGUGGUGUGUCUUGCGACUUCUAGGCCGAGGUCUUUAACAAAGUAGAGGCAUAAGAAUUAGGAGCAAUAAUCGGUUGGGGGUAUGUACAGAGUGGGCAAGGUGACUUGACGCCAUCUUGCGUGUUGUUAUUGACUGGCAGGCAGGCAAGCAUGCUUGUUUGGGCAACCAGGCGAAGGAAGAGGUUACCGGUACCUGUAACUAUGCAAGGA